AUGGCUCUACCAACUUAUACAAUGGCAUGCUUCCUUCUGCCCAAAACAGUAUGUAAGCAAAUAAUCUCUGUUCUAGCUGAUUUCUGGUGGAGAAAUAAACAAGAGGCGAAAGGUAUGCAUUGGAAAGCGUGGGAUCAUUUGAGUUGUUAUAAAGCGGAAGGAGGCAUUGGAUUUAAAGAUAUAGAGGCUUUUAAUUUAGCCUUGCUUGGAAAGCAAAUGUGGCGGAUGCUUUCUCGACCAGAAUCGUUAAUGGCAAAGGUAUUCAAGAGUAGGUACUUUCAUAAAUCUGACCCUUUGAAUGCACCAUUAGGAUCAAGGCCAUCUUUUGUUUGGAAAAGCAUUCAUGCAUCUCAAGAAAUUCUAAGGCAGGGUGCCAGAGCUGUUGUCGGGAAUGGAGAGGAUAUUAUCAUUUGGAGGCAUAAAUGGCUAGAUUCCAAACCAGCAAGUGCAGCCUUACGAAUGCAGAGAGUUCCCCCUCAAGAAUAUGCUUCGGUAUCCUCUAUCUUAAAGGUGUCAGAUUUAAUAGAUGAGAGUGGUAGAGAGUGGAGGAAAGACGUGAUUGAGAUGUUAUUCCCGGAGGUGGAACGCAAAUUAAUAGGGGAACUUCGGCCAGGGGGAAGAAGAAUUUUGGAUAGUUACACUUGGGACUACACAAGCUCUGGAGACUACACGGUGAAAUCUGGAUAUUGGGUGUUAACUCAAAUCAUCAAUAAGAGGAGUAGUCCACAAGAAGUAUCUGAACCGAGUCUAAACCCCAUUUACCAAAAAAUUUGGAAGAGCCAAACAAGCCCGAAGAUACAACACUUUCUGUGGAAAUGCUUAAGUAAUUCCCUCCCUGUGGCUGGUGCCUUAGCGUAUCGACAUCUAUCUAAGGAGUCAGCCUGCAUAAGAUGUCCAUCAUGUAAAGAAACGGUGAAUCACUUGUUAUUUAAGUGUACUUUUGCUAGAUUAACGUGGGCUAUCUCUUCUAUACCAAUUCCACUGGGAGGGGAAUGGGCUGAUUCCAUUUAUGUCAAUCUGUAUUGGGUUUUUAAUCUGGGAAAUGGAAAUCCUCAAUGGGAGAAGGCUUCUCAACUUGUACCUUGGUUACUGUGGCGCCUGUGGAAGAACAGAAAUGAACUAGUCUUUAGAGGAAGAGAGUUUAAUGCUCAAGAGGUAUUGAGAAGAGCAGAAGACGACCUUGAGGAAUGGAGAAUUAGAACAGAGGCUGAAAGCUGUGGCACAAAGCCUCAAGUGAACAGAAGUUCUUGUGGAAGAUGGAGGCCACCGCCACAUCAAUGGGUUAAAUGCAACACGGAUGCGACUUGGAAUCGGGAUAAUGAGAGGUGUGGUAUAGGAUGGGUCCUCCGGAAUGAGAAGGGAGAAGUGAAAUGGAUGGGAGCUAGAGCUUUACCGAAACUGAAAUCUGUAUUGGAAGCGGAACUAGAAGCGAUGCGAUGGGCAGUCCUUUCUUUAAGUCGGUUUCAAUACAAUUAUGUCAUCUUUGAAUCAGACUCACAGGUUUUGAUAGAGAUCUUGAACAAUGACGAAAUUUGGCCAAGCCUUAAGCCAACAAUACAAGAUCUGCAGAGGUUGCUCUCCCAGUUUACAGAGGUCAAGUUUGUGUUCAUACCAAGAGAGGGAAACACAUUGGCAGAAAGAGUAGCAAGGGAAUCUCUUUCUUUUUUGAAUUAUGAUCCUAAGCUUUAUUCUAUUGUGCCUAGUUGGGCUAGAAGUAGUAUGGAUUGA